AUGUUGAAGAUCCCUGGUCUAGUCCAGUGCACUCUGCAUGCCACGGGCCAGUUGGCUGUAGGGUUGCAUGUAUUUGAGGUGCUGCUGCAGGACCACCCCACUGUAGACGUCAACAUGACGGGAUAUAAAUGGAAUUAUACCAGAAAGGCCCUGAACGAGUCCUAUGCCAUCCAGCCAACUCUGUCCAACUGUCUCCCUGGCUACAUAGAGAAUGCCAAGAUCCAGCCAGCUCUAUCCAACUGUCUCCCUGGCUACAUACGACCACAGUUCUUGACUCCAACACCUUCACAUGGGGAUGUCCAUCAUGCCGCUGUGGGUCACCUGUACCAACUCGAAGCCCGAGUAAAAACCGCUCAUGCCAAGACAUUUGACUUCCAGGUCAGCGGCCCUUCCAACAUGACCAAGAAGAUCAGGGAUGAGGGCUCUGGUGUCACGAGGCUCUUCCUGGGCUGGAUCCCGCAGGAAAGACACCUGAGACAAAACAUUCCCAUCUGUUUCACUGCCGAGACAAACGAGAGCCAGUCAGAGAUGAGAUGUGUGGUUGUGGUGGUGGCCAAAGCCCUCGCACUUACAGGUGAGGCGAAUGUUUCGUGCACAGAGAAUAGGAUCAGCAUCGCCGUGAGCAAGGCCUAUCUGCCUGGGGUGGACAUGAAGUGGCUGCGGCUAGCCGACUCAUCCUGCUCCCUAACCUCCAACCAAACACACAUCAUGGGCACCAUGUCACUCAAAACCUGUGGCACAAAGAUGGAGGAUGCAGGUGACUUCAUGGUGUUCAAAAACGAAAUAAACUCCUUCGACGCGGUCAACGCGACCAUCACGCGACGUAACCGGAUCAACAUCGGCUUCUCCUGCCGGUAUCCCAAGACCGUCAGCAUUUCCAACUAUUACCAGAUCCACAGCUCCAACUACAUGUUCACUGAGUCCAACUUUGGGAGCUUCGGCUACACCUUUGAGGUCUUCAAGGACAGUAAGUUCACCCAGAAGGUGGAUCCCAGUGCUUACCCAGUGAAGGUGAAGCUAAUGGACAGGCUGUACAUGGGCAUCCAGGCCCAGGCCGAUCUGCCCAAGGUACAGCUGUUGGUGGAGUCUUGCAAAGCCACUCCGGAUGACAGCGCCAGCAGCAGUCUCUUCUAUGACCUCAUCAAAGACGGGUGUCUAAAGGACGAGACAGUCAAGGUUUAUCCCGGGAACCGAACCCAAUUCUACUUUGAGGUCCAGGCCUUCAAAUUCACUGGGAGCUACGACCAGGUGUUCCUCACCUGUACCGUCAUCCUGUGUGAGGUAGGAAAUCCCAACUCUCGGUGUGACCAGGGCUGCCUGAACAAAGCCUCGCGGAGGCGCAGGCGAGAUCUCCCCAACGGAGAGACAGACAGGCACUACAUUACCCAGGGUCCUUUCCGUGUGGUCAGAGAGACCCAGCCCAGUGCAGACCAGAAGACAGGUGCAGGUGAAAAGACCCGUGCAGGUCCUGUUGAAGAUGUGGAAGCUACAUAUUUUCUCAGAUCGGACAUGGGAACCAUAGUCUUCGCCGGGCUGUUCAUCAUGACCUUGAUUCUGCUGACAGUGGUCGUGGUCUAUUUUUUGAAGAAGAGCAGAGCUGAAGAACACGAGGCUCUCAUUACAUAUGAUUAGAGAAAUGUAACUGGAUUUGUGUCUGACCAGGGUCACUUCUGGUUUACCAAAAGUAAAGCACACCUUUCUUUUAGUUUAACUUUUUAAACAACAAAUGAACACUAGUUUACAUACUGAAUACGGUAACAUUAACUACACAAAUGAACACUAGUUUACAUACUGAAUACGGUAACAUUAACUACACAAAUGAACACUAGUUUACAUACUGAAUACUGUAAC